AUGAGAUUUAUUUUUAUAUUAUUCGCAUUUUUUAAGCAAAGCAAAUCUGACAUGGUAAAACUUACAAAUUUAUAUAGAAAGAUACACGGACUGCCCGAGCUGAAAGUUAUUGAACCUCUUAGACUUGCUAGUGAACUUCAAGCCAAUACAAUGUGUAAAGCAAUGAAACUGACGCACAGAAAUUCGAAUCCUGCAAAACGUACAUUGGGCCGAAGAUUAAGAUUUUUUAACUUUAGAGGAAUUAAUAUGGGAGAAAAUAUUGCUAAACAACAAAACAAUGACUUUAAAACAGUUUUUAAAGUUUGGAGUAGAUCUACUCAGCAUCGUAAAAUUCUUUUAGGAGAUUAUAAAUUUACGGCCGUGGCAUCAUGUGUGGGCAGAGAUGGAAAUCGUUACUGGGUUCAAGUAUUCGCAAAAGGAUACGGGAUUUGGAACGGAAGUCCGUAUAACAAGGAAAACGAGGAUUAUAAAAAUAGUAUAGAUGACUAUAAUAGCUGUAAAACAAAUAAUUAUAAAACAGAAAAUGGCUCUAAAAAUUUAAAAAACAAAAAUUUUUAUGACUCAGAAGAAGAAAACAAAAAAUCUAAACAACGAUCAAAAGAAAGUUUUAACAAAAACUCGGAAUAUACGAACGAUGAAAAUGAUUCUGAAGAAAAUGAAAAUAAGAAAAAGUUGAAAAACGAAAAAAAUAAAGAAACUGAAAUGGAUGAUAAAAAAGACAAAAAGAUUAAUGAAGAAGAAGUUGUUUUUUUACUAAAAGAUAGUGAAGAUGUUAAUGAAAUUAAAAAUAAAAUUCCUGAUAAUUUUAAACUUCAAUUUAAAGGAGUGUAUAAAAAAUAUAUUGCUAUUGAAGAUAAAAAUGAUAAAAAUAAUCAAAAACAAAAUGACCAAAAAUAUUCUGAAAAACCUACUGACAAAAAUAAUAACAAUGAGCCAAAAAAAGACACCACACAAUCUAAGAUUAGAAAAAAUCGCGACACAGAUAAAUCAAAUAAAAAUAAACAAGAAGAGAAGCCUAAAGAAAACAUUGACGACCUAGCUUCGGCGAAAUAUAAUUUAAAAAAGCAGAACGAUGAAAAUUAUGAGGAUGCGUUGCGCAAAAUAUUAAAAAAAUUAGAAUUACUCGAAAAAAAUAAGAAAUGUGAAAUGAAAAAAAAAUCAAAAGAUGAAGAAAAAGGUGACAAAAAUAAUGAAGGCAAGGAAAAAACUGACAAAAAUAAUGAAGAAAAAGGGGACAAAAAUGGCAAAGAGAAACAGGAAAAUAGUGACAACGAAAAAAACUUUAAUGAAUCUAAAAAAAAUACUAACAAAGGCAGUAACGGAAAAUCUUAUGCUAAAAGCAACAAUGAUGGAGAAGAAAAAACUUCAAAAGGUAAUAAUGCAAAGAAUAAACCAGAAGAUGAUAAUGAUAAAAAUAAAGAAAAAGAAAAAAAUGAUAAAGAACAAAAUAAGAAAGAAAAAGAAAUGUUGUCAACUACUCAAUCAACCAUUGCAAAAGCUACAGUCACUACCACUGUACUUAAGACUGUAUACAAUUAUCAAACUGUAAGUCAAGCAGAAUCUUCUAAAUCAAUAGAUGCAACUUUAGAGCGAGAAAAGCAAAAAGAUGAGCCUAUUACAAUGACAAUAAGCAUAGACAACCAACCCAAUGGAACAGAGCAAGGUCAAAAGUUAAGGUCUCUUUUAUCUUCUCUUGUUAAGAAAGAAGACGAUUCAUCGGGCUUGGAUGAUUACAUAAAAGAUUUAAUUAAAAACAACAAAGAUGAAAAUGAAAAUAUUGAUAUAGGAGAUCCUGUCCAUCAGGAGGAAUAA